GUGUCCCCGGCCGCCGAACGGCUCCGGUACAUCCUGGGGGAGGACGAUGAGCCCCCCAAUCCCACGCUUUUCACCGAGAUGGACACCCUGCAGCACGAUGGAGACGAGAUGGAGUGGAAGGAGUCUGCCAGGUGGAUCAAGUUCGAGGAGAAGGUGGAGGAAGGCGGCGAGAGGUGGAGCAAACCCCACGUGUCCACCUUGUCCCUGCACAGCCUCUUCGAGCUGCGGACGUGUCUCCAGACAGGAACCGUGCUCCUGGACCUGGACGGAUACUCCUUGCCCCAAAUCAUCGACGAUGUCAUCGAGAAGCAGAUCGAGGACGGGCUGCUGAAGCCAGAGCUGCGGGAGAAGCUCAGCUACGUCCUCCUGCGCAAGCACCGCCACCAGACCAAGAAACCCAUCCACCGCUCCCUGGCUGACAUCGGCAAAUCCGUGUCCUCCAACACGGCCCGCAGCCCCGUGCGGGGCCCGGCCGCCGGCGCCGCCUUCCACCGCUCCACCGAGGACCUGCGGAUGCGGCAGAGCGCCAGCUACGGCCGCCUGCGUCACGCCCAGAGCCGGAGCAUGAACGACAUCUCGGACACGCCGAGCACUGACCAGCUGAAGAACAAAUUCAUCAAGAAGAUCCCCAAGGACGCCGAGGCCUCCAACGUGCUGGUGGGAGAGGUGGAGUUCCUGGAGAAACCCUUUGUGGCCUUCGUCAGGCUGCUCCAGGCCACCAUGCUGGGAGGGGUGACGGAGGUCCCCGUCCCCACCAGGUUCCUCUUCAUCCUCCUGGGUCCGGCGGGAAAAGCCAAAUCCUACAACGAGAUCGGCAGGGCCAUCGCCACUCUGAUGGUGGACGACCUCUUCAGCGAUGUUGCCUACAAAGCUCGGGACAGGGAGGACCUGAUCGCCGGCAUCGAUGAGUUCCUGGACGAGGUCAUCGUCCUCCCGCCCGGCGAGUGGGACCCCAACAUUCGGAUUGAGCCCCCCAAGAAAGUGCCCUCAGCUGAGAAGAGGUGGGUGAGGGCCACAGGGCUGGACCCAUUUCUGGGGGGCUUCAACCCAGAAAAAAACCCUGCAGAAGUCCCAGGAAUGCUGGAUUUGCAGCAGGUUUUGUUCCCAGGUCGGCUCAGAGCCACUUUCACUCCCCUGGAACAACUUUUUAGUGAGAGUGCCGAUCCGGUGGUGCCGAUCCAGCGGUGCCGAUCCAGCGGUGCCGAUCCAGCGGUGCCGAUCCAGCGGUGCCAAUCCGGUGGUGCUGAUCUGGCGGUGCCGACCUGGCGGCGCCGACCCGGCGGUGCCGAUCCAGCGGUGCCGAUCCAGCGGUGCCAUUCCGGCGGUGCCGGAGCGGAUCCGAGGCGGUGCCGGUGUCCCGUAGGAAGNGGCGGCGGCAGCGACGAUGGGGAGAUGCCCGAAGUCCACGAGAUUGGGGAGGAGCUGGCCUGGACCGGCAGGUUUUGUGGUGGCCUCUACCUGGAUAUCAAGAGGAAGCUGCCCUGGUUCCCGAGCGACUUCUACGAAGGUUUCCAUAUCCAGUCCAUCUCCGCCAUCCUCUUCAUCUACCUGGGCUGCAUCACCAACGCCAUCACCUUCGGGGGGCUGCUGGGGGACGCCACCGACAACUACCAGGGGGUCAUGGAGAGCUUCCUGGGCACGGCCAUGGCCGGCUCCAUGUUCUGCCUCUUUGCCGGCCAGCCCCUCAUCAUCCUCAGCAGCACCGGCCCCAUUCUCAUCUUCGAGAAGCUGCUCUUCGACUUCAGCAAAGGCAACGGCAUCGACUACAUGGAAUUCCGCCUGUGGAUCGGGCUGCACUCGGCCCUGCAGUGCCUUAUCCUGGUGGCCACCGACGCCAGCUUCAUUAUAAAGUACAUCACGCGCUUCACCGAGGAGGGCUUCUCCACCCUCAUCAGCUUCAUCUUCAUCUACGACGCCAUCAAGAAGAUGAUCGGGGCCUUCAAGUACUACCCCAUCAACUCCGACUUCAAGCCCGACUACGUCACCAUGUACAAGUGCGAGUGCGUCGCCCCCGACCCAGCCAACGCGACCUUGUUGGAUGCUUCAGCUCCAGUGGCACAGAACACCACUAACGUUUCUCUGUCCAAUGCUAUCAACCUCACAGCUCUGGACUGGACCCAGCUGAGUAAGAAGGAAUGUCUGAAAUACGGCGGCAGCUUAGUGGGAAAAUCCUGCAAAUUCGUGCCCGACCUGGCCCUCAUGUCCUUCAUCCUCUUCUUUGGCACCUACUCCAUGACCCUGACCCUGAAAAAAUUCAAAUUCAGCCGCUAUUUCCCCACCAAGGUAAGGAAAAAACCAGGUUCUGCCAAGACUUUUGCCGAAAAUGAGGGAAAACGGGAGUUUUUUGGGUGGGGGCAAAGAGCUGAAGGAUGUCCUCCCCAGCCCACCCGCGUGGACCGGGGCUGGUUCGUGUUUCCCUUUGGGAAGAACCCGUGGUGGGUGUACCUGGCCAGCGCCCUGCCCGCCCUGCUCGUCACCAUCCUCAUCUUCAUGGACCAGCAGAUCACGGCCGUCAUCGUCAACAGGAAGGAGCACAAGCUCAGGGUGGGUCCUGGGGGGGCUCAGGUGGGUCCUGGGGGGCUCAGGGAGCAGAGGGUGACCGGCAUCAUCGUCUUCGUGCUGACGGGGAUCUCGGUUUUCCUGGCUCCUAUUCUGAAGUACAUUCCCAUGCCGGUGCUCUACGGGGUUUUCCUCUACAUGGGCGUGGCGUCGCUGAACGGCAUCCAGUUUUGGGAUCGCUGCAAGCUCUUCCUGAUGCCGGCCAAGCACCAGCCCGACUACGUGUUCCUGCGGCACGUCCCGCUGCGCCGCAUCCACCUCUUCACCCUGGUGCAGAUCGUCUGCCUGGCUGUGCUCUGGAUCCUCAAAUCCACCGUGGCCGCCAUCAUCUUCCCUGUCAUGGUAAUCCCAUCCUCGAUCCAAAGCGGAUUUUGGGAUUUAAUGGAGUUUUUGGUGUGGUCCCACCAUCAUCUUCCCCGUCAUGGUGAUCCCAUCCUCGAUCCAGAGGGGUUUUUUGGGAUUUAAUGGAGUUUUUGGAAUGGUUCUACCAUGGCUUCCAUCAUCUUCCCCGUCAUGGUAA